CUGCAGUGAAAUUAAAGGCAGCCCCACGCGCGCGACGCCGCGCCACGAUGAUGCAUCGGUAGCGCACGCCAUCGCGCCGACGCCGACCCCACGCACGGUUCGCAAGCACUCACCGCUAGGGCUGCUGCCCCGAGCACUACUUGGCAGCCACCAGUGGCCGUUCGCCGCCGCGACGCGCGCGAGGACCAUGAGCUGGGAGCUGCGGCUCUGGCUCCCUACAUUACCGGAAAGUUUGAGGGAUGUCGACUUCAGCAAGGUCGAGCGGCGCACGGACCUCUACGCGCUCGGCCUGGGAGACGACGUUGGAGUGAAACGUAGGAAUGGUACUGAUCUCGAGAUCAAGCGGCGCGAGAAGCGCAAGAAGCGCGGCGCCGAGAAGUGGCGCAAGACCAAAGUCGAGGCGACCGAAGAAGCGACGUGGAUAAGCUGCGAAAAACAGCGCGCGAAGUGCACGCUGCCGCCGCCCCACGAUAAUAUAAAGGUCGAGGUCGCCGACGUGCGCUUCGAGAACGGCGUCAGUUCCAAGUCGGUUGCGUUUGAAAAGGGGAAGCCCCACGAACUGUACGCGGCCUGCGGGAGCGUCAUGGGCCUCGGCGAGGACUGGACGGCCGACGAUUUACAAGGGGCCCUGGGGCCGGCGGGCUUCGUGGGCGGCUACCCGACGGCUCUUUUGCGGUUUGUGUCGUCUCCGGACGAGCGGACGAAUAACGACCGAUAGUAGUA